AUGUGCACUCCGAUACUCAGCAAGGAUGGCUGCUGUCCCGCACCGAGUAAGCCGAAAAACGAGGAUCCCUCGGCGGGCAAGUACUACCACGAGGUCGGUGCCGAGAUGGUCGGCAAUCAGCUGAUCAUACGCAUGGAGAAGGACAAGAACAAGAAGGCGAAGCUGAAGAAGGCCUCGUGGGAGCCGCCCUGCGACUGCGACGUGAUCGAGAUCAAGCGGCCCAGUGGUAACAAGGGGCCGCGCAUCACCAACGCCGGCGACAACAAUCAGAUACUGUUCAGGGUGCACUCGAGGGGACACCUGAACAAGAAGGACGAUCCGCAUUAUCGACCGCAAGCCGUCGCUUAUAAGAUCAACAGAUCGGGCGACUACGGGGACGAUCGCUGCCGCAAGGUCACGGUCUAUCCGCAGCUCGGCGGUCCGAUCUCGCAGGAGGUCUACACCGACCACAUAACCGAGUGCAACGAGAACGUCUACAUGCUGCGCGUGAAGAAGAGGAACGACGACAAGGACGCCAGGGCCAAGAAGCAGAAUCUCGAGGUGGAGCUGCACACGCCUCAGGCGGACCCGAGCCCGGGUCCGGGCAACCGAGGAAAGCCCGUGAAGAUACUGCAGAGCCCGUGCACGAGGCAGGAUCACUUGGACAAGAAGAAGACGACGCUGGCUUGCGACAAGGAUAAGGGAAAGAACAAGGGGAAAAAGGAUAAGAAAUAA